AUGAAUUUAGACGCAUUCGAUUUUGAGAAAAUCUGUAUAAAUUCUAUAUUUUGCACAGAUAAUGAAUGUUAAUUAAAUCACGCUAGACUUUUAUUGGGAGAUGAGUAAUAAUUUUAUAAUAAGAAUGAGGGGAAUAAACAAAAAUGUUAGGAUUUUAAAUUAUAGCACUUUAAAGGGAAGAAAUUUAAGGAUUAAGUAUAAAAAAAAACUAUCAAUGGUGUCUUUCCUCAUAAUUUAUGUCCAUAUAAUUGUAAUCAGAAUGGCUGUAUGUUACUACAUAGGAGUUGGGCUGGGAAAAUUUGUCUUGAUAAUCUACUAAGUGUUUGCCCAAAUAGAUAGAAUUGCAAUUUAAAUCACAAAAGUUGGGAACAAUUAAGAGAACAAGCAUUAGAUUAAUCUUAAAUAAAGUUACCAAUCCAGAGAUAAUAUGUGGUAAGGAAAGGUGCAAUUGCAACCAACAUCCUGCAUUUUUAAAUGAUUAUUAAAUGUUUAAAAGAUCAUAUCGAUUGGGAAAAAAUUCCCUCUAAGAUCAAUUAAAAGAAUGCUGUAGAGUCUUGUAUAAAAAUUAGAUAAGAACGAAAAGCAAAACUAAAUAAGCUUCCUGAUAACCAUAAUGUGUAACUAUUCUGUGAAAAAUCUGAGUUUGAAUAUUAUAAGAAAUAGGUCUAAGAUUUAAAUAUCAUUGAUGUAGUUUUUAUUAUGGAUUUGACUGGCUCUAUGAAACCUUGGAAGGAACAAAUGCAAAACACAAUAGAUAAAAUAAUAAAUUAAUUUAAUAAUUCAGUGAAUGGAUAUCAAGUUAGAGUUGCAUUUGUAGGAUACAGAGAUAUUUGUGAUAAUUAGGAUUAGAUAAUUUAUUAUCAUUUCACUAAAAAGAUUGAUGAAAUUAAGAAUUUCAUAUACAAACUAGAGACAAAAGGAGGAGGAGAUGUGGCUGAGGAUGUAGCAGCCGGAUUUGAACAGGCAUUAAAACUUAAUUUUUCUCAUCAUCCAGAUAGCAUACUAUGUACAUUUUUAUUUGCAGAUGCUCCUUGUCAUGGAAGAGAUUAUCAUAAUAUUGAAUCUGAUACUUUGAUUGAUGAAAUGCCAAAGAAUUAUUUUGAGCAGAUAUUGGAAAAAUAUAAAAAUAUCAAGUAGAAUAACUUUAUUUGUUGUGUAAAAAUUAAUAACCUGACAGAUAUUAUGUAUGAGAAAAUGAAAACUGUUAUUCCUUUGUUAACUAUAACUACUGAAAAAUAGCCAUAAGACUUAUCCGAAUUAGUUAGAUUUACAUUGCUGCACUCAGUGUCAGAAACAUCAAAAAAAUAAUCUUCAAUUAUAAAGAACAAUUUUUAAUAUGUUAAGGCAGAUUUUCAGAAACUUAAACUAGAUACACUAAAUUAAAAUUCAAAUAAGGAAUAUUGGGAAAUUUAUCAUAAAAUGGUUGAGGAGAGCACAAGAAAAGGCACCACAAGUUUAAAAAUAACAAAAUAAUAUACCGAACUGAAUAAAGAUAACAACUCUUCCUCAACUUAUAUUUUUAUGGCCUUUGAUGCUAUCAAUAAUAGAGAAUUGACAAUCAGAAGAAUGCCAAUGAUUAAGAAAUAACGCAAGCUGAAGACUAAGCAAAAAUUAGAUUUUACUCUUCUGCAUACGCUUGCUAAAUGGCAUAUUUCUUUAAUUAGAGACUAAAGUAAAAUGGUUUAUUAAAUGAAAUGUAACCUCUCUUUUAUGCCCACCCAAUUUUGUAUUCUCUAGAUACUCCAUUUUAUGGAAUGA